AUGAGUCAUCUUCGACGGCAACGCGCGAUUCGUCGUUGCCUUUUUAUGGCCACCAUUCAAGUAAUUCUCAAUGCUCCCUAUUACACCCUACAGCUUAUUGAUGAGAUAUAUUCCUUGCAAUCAACCCCCUCUGGUCUCAUUCCUUAUUUGUACAUGGAUGCAGUGUUGUAUUUAUUAUAUUUAUGUCAAUUCCCACUGGUCUCACUCUACAUUGCCACGCUCUACUCGGAUAUGAAAGCUGUGGACAAGUAA